AGAAAGAAGAAAAAAGCGACUUCUGAUAUUCAAUUCUAAUGUUACAUUUUUCACAAUCUUUUUCUUUUUUUUUAUUUUACAGAUGAGCACUCAAGAAAUCAAGUUUGAUGCCUCUGCUGCAUCCGAAGAACUUGCUAACUAUUUGACUGAAACUGCAGAGAGACUUCAAACACGCGUUGAAGAUAUUACUGGCAAUAUGGAAAAGAAAUUGGAAGAAAUAUAUCAGCGUUUAGAUAAAUUAGAAAGAUCCUUAAAAGAAAUGGAGCCAAAUACAAUAGAAGCAAAAUAAAAUCGAUAAGGGU